GCCGUCCAUUCAGUACGGCGUAUACACCGGUUGUGCGCGCUCACGUGGUGUGUCCGACUGACGGUCCGCGAUAGACCCGACAGACUGAAAACCGUUCGUGUAUUAAUAAUUUCUUCUCGGUAUUUUUUUGGGGUUUUUCUGGGAUCGUGUGAGUGUUAAGAGUGUCCGGAGUUUUGUUUAAUCGCGGUCGUCCGGAGAAAGUGCGAAUAUCAGUACAGUGUUUUUCACCGCCGUAAUUGCACUGAUGCGUGCCAGUAGUGGCUGUCCAGCGGCAGUGGCGGCGUUUGCUCGUUACCGAUGUCUCUGUGCCACAGCCUUUCACGACCGAGUCCAAAGCUUCGCAUGAAACAUGGCACAGAUGUCGACGGAUGAAUAUCGCCGACGUAGGCGCACCGGCGCUGACGAGCAAAUGCCGUUCCCGUCCGUUUGUCGUUUAGUCGAAAAGUACACGAUGCUUAUCGAACGGCACCGUCAGAAACAAAACGGACUGUUGGUGACCGGAUCGAAUCGGCAGCCGUUGUCGCCAAUGUGCAAGCCGAGACGUGCCGCCCAGACGAUUGACGGAUGUUCGUCCGAUUAUUCUUCAAUGCCUAAAUCGACGGCGCCAUCCAGUCCAGCGUUUAGCGACGAUUGCACCAUGUGGAACCAGCUGAUGGACGAUGAACCGUUGGACGACGCGGAACACUAUCAGCAGCGGAAACAGCAGGGACAACAGGAUCAAGAGGUGUUGCGAGCAAAAGAACAGCAACUCUGCAACGGCAACGACGACGGCCGACGGCGGCUGAGUUGCGAAUCGCUGAACGGACCCGGUAGUGAUGAAGAGAAAAACAAAAUGGCAUACAUGGAAGAAAAAGCUAAAGCACGAGCAAUGAACAAAGCAGUGGUGAAAAGCUUAUUGGAAGUGAGCAAAACCAAAACGAAACGGAAACGGCGCAAAUCAUGGACUGGUCCGCUAGGAUGUCAGGGUGGUGCUAGCAAUGGUCCAUGUAGAAAAGGUCACAGCCUUGAUCAAGGCUACGAGUUGCAUCAUCAAGAGUUUAAGCAUGCAGCUCUCUUUAGAUCUUACAGCAGCAACGCGGGUGAAACGGAUGUUCCUGGUGCGAGACAGUUCAGGACUCCCUCUGUGGUGGUUAGCGAUCACUCGGAAGAUCCGGUCUCGUUUUCAUCGAUGUUCACUUUAGACGACCUGGACGAGUACGAACCUAAGUCAGACUGUGGAUUCAAUGACUCUUCGUCGGACUGUAGUGCAGCUAGCACUUGGAGUGCUGCUGGAAGUGUCAUAAGUGUUUUGGAUGCAGAUUACUCACUUCAUACGCCUGAGCGCAAGAUAUCCGGAUGUAGUACGUGUAGUGUGGACGAAGACGCGGCAUAUAGACUUUCCAAACUAAGGCCAAAGACUUCCGGAUGGCGAAAAUUAAGAAAUAUUGUCCAAUGGACGCCUUUUAUUCAAACUUACAAAAAACAAAGAUAUCCAUGGGUUCAGCUUGCUGGUCAUCAAGGUAACUUUAAAGCUGGCCCAGAACCAGGAACCAUCCUCAAAAAGCUGUGCCCAAAAGAACAGUUGUGCUUUCAAGUUUUAAUGAAAGAUAUGCUCAGACCAUUUGUUCCCGAGUACAAGGGUCAUCUUACCACUGAAGAUGGAGAUCUAUACCUACAGCUAGAAGACUUAUUGGGAGACUUUACUACACCAUGUGUAAUGGACUGUAAAAUAGGUGUCAGAACUUAUCUUGAAGAAGAGCUGGCUAAAGCUAAAGAAAAGCCUAAAUUAAGAAAAGAUAUGUAUGAAAAAAUGAUUCAGAUUGAUCCGAAUGCUCCUUCUGAAGAGGAACAUCGAUUGAAAGGUGUUACAAAGCCUAGGUAUAUGGUAUGGAGAGAAACAAUUUCAUCAACGGCUACUUUGGGUUUUCGGAUCGAAGGUAUAAGAAAAAGCGACGGUAAGUCAAGUAAAGAUUUUAAAACUACCAAAUCUAAGGAACAAGUAAUUGAAGCAUUUCGAGAUUUUAUAAAUGGAUUUCCACACGUCAUUCCUAAAUACAUUAAUCGACUGAUUGCCAUUCGAGAUGCCCUGGAAGAAUCAAAAUUCUUUAUGACACAUGAGGUGAUUGGAAGUUCGUUGUUAUUUGUGCAUGAUAACAAAAAUGCCAAUGUAUGGUUGAUUGAUUUCGCAAAAACUUUAAUACUUCCAUCUGAAAUAAAAAUCAGUCAUAUGUCAGAAUGGGUUGUUGGUAACCAUGAAGAUGGAUAUUUGAUUGGUGUCAACAAUUUGAUAGAAAUAUUCGAAGAGUUAAACAGGGUGGUAAAUCAAGGUGGUUUUCCUGAGACACUUAUUGAAGUCACAGCACCAUCUGAAAUUACCUGAAUUAGUUUUUAAUAUAUAAAUCAUUGUGAUAUAUGGAGAAAAACUUGUUAAUAAUUUAUUCAUUUAAUUGAAAAGAAUUUUAUUUGAUACAAUUUUUUAUAAAAUUAUUUUCAUACUAGAAAAUUUCAUCAGUAUUAAAAUAAUAAUAAAGAAAAAUUAUCUUAUAAUAUUAAUUAUAUAUUUUUGAUGAAUUAUUUCAAGAAAACAGUAUAAUACAACAACUUGUGAAGAUAUAUUCAAACAUUCAUAUGAUUAUCAUUGUCUAGAUAAAAUGUUCUAUUAUUUUUUGAACACAAGUUUUAUUGUUAUUUAACAAUAAACUCAUGUAUAAAAAAUUUAAUAUUCCAUCUGUUCAAUUCUUGCUAAAUUAUUUAUGUUAUGUUUCUUUAUUAAAGAUUAAACAUUUUGUCUCAUUAUACAUCUUAUUUUAAUGCAUAAAGUCGUAAAAGCGUUUGAAAGAGUGUCAAAUUUUAGUUUUAUUAAUUUUACUAUAAUUAUUAUAUAUUUUUGUACAGAAUAAUUUAAAUAAGACUUGUGAGAUAAAAUAUUGUUAUAUCAUUUUAUUUUUUAUUUUACUGCGCACAUGUAUAAUAAAUUUGUUAUUAAUAAU